AUGUAUGACAGUCUCUACGUGUCAAAUAUUCCUAUUAUUCUGAAUUUCAAGAGUGAUAUUCGAAGGAGGAGGAAGAAAAAGAAGAGAAAGAGGAAGAAAAAGAGGAAAAGCAAGAAAAAGAAGAAAGGAAGGAAAAGAGGGAGAGGAAGAAAAAGGGGAAAAGGAAGAAAUGAAGAAGAGGAUGAGGAAGAAAAAGAAGAAGAAGAGGGCGAAGAAGAAGAAGAAGAAGAAGAAGAAGAAGAAGAAGAAGAAGAAGAAGGGAGAUGGGAAGUGGACGGAAAUCACGCGAGUGUCGAAGGCAUCUGCUGA